GGUUGUAUCAUUUCACAACUCCUCCAACAAAGCAUUAGUAUCCCAGUUUUCCCACAUUCCCAAAGGGGGACAUUUCUAAUCUGCUAGGCUUUGGGAUGGCACAUCUGGGUUCAGAUUGACAAGAGCUGGCAAGGACUGGUUCAAAGUCCCUCAGACUUUUUUUUCUAAAUAAGAGCCUAAACAAGGGUCUCAGCUUGUCAGGACUGGAUAACUUGAGUGGGUAAGGAUUUUGAUUGGAAGACUGCUUCUUUAGAUGCCCUGGGUUCAAAGCCCAUCUCAGAUACUCAAUUAGUUGGGCAAAUUCCUGAGAUCAGUUUCGUGAUCUAUAAAAUGAAGGAGUUGAAUUCAAUGUCCUAUGAGGUCCCUUUCUUCUCCAGAUCUAUUAUAUAAUGACUUGUAUUGAUGAGAACUUUUCUGAAAAGUGGGAGAUUUAAUAAAGAAAUGUGCACAGGGGUAGAAACAGGGUGAACAGAGACUGAGGAAUUCUGUGAUAGAGAGAUUAAAAGAAAAAUAGAGGGUGAAGAAGAGAGAAGAAUAAAAAAGAAAGAAAGAAAGAGAGGGGGAAGGAAAAGAAAAGGAAGAAAAUGAUGGGAGAGUAUGGGGAAAGGAAAGGGAAAGAGGCAGAAAAAAGAGGAAGAAGAGUAAAAGUGGGACUGAAGCAAAGGAAGAGAGGAAUUAUGAUUUUCUUUCUCCAUUUCCCUUCUUCCACAGUUCUUUGUCACCUCCAUGAAGCCAUCAUUUCCCAAAAUUACAAGUUGAUUGUUGUCUUUUAUUCUUUAAGAGGAUCAAAAUCACAUCACCAUUUUGGAGUCAAGGUACCAGGUGCGGUAAUCCUAACAUAUCACUGAAUAACAGCAAAGAAGACAAAAUGAGUAAUGAGAAGCAGACUUUUUGGAGCCAGAACCCUGCCAGCAGUCGGACAACAGAGGAUAGUUUCUACUUGAACAUGUAUCGUAAAUCACAGAUCCCGUGCCAGAGAGACAACCAGUACCCAUCUAGAGAGAUGGAGAUCCUGAUUCAUGUCAAGAAUGAUAUCAUUAUAUUUGUGAAAAACGUGAUGGAAAAAGUCAUGAAUGGAGGAGAAAAGUCACAGGUACAUCUCCCGCUCUCCCAGUAUAUAGACUACUUCCAGAAGAUCAAAUAUGCCUUCAAUCUCUUGGGGAAGACAAGCCACUUCCUGGAAGAGUCCAUUGUUCGAGAAUUAGUCUGCAGCUUCUUCCAGUCUCUGGAAUAUGUCAUUUAUUAUUGCCCUGACUCCAUAACCCUGCCAAAACAGAUAAACUCUCCCUUGCUGACAGACAAUGCCAUAAAUUUGCUGAAAAUGAACCUGAAAUCAAACCAGAUUAUGUACUGGAGAGAACUUGGAAAUGCUUGGACUGAAUCACGAAACUCUUGGCCAAGUGCAUUCAGACCCCCACCCCCAGCCUACAUACCCACCUUUUAUGAUGGUUGGAAGCUCCCUGAAAUUGAGCCAGUCAAGGCCUCCACCCAGACUCCCGGGGCUUCGAAGUUUUGACCAGAUUCCUACUUCCCUGGGUAAAACCCUCCUGCAGACAGUUGCUAAGGACUAAGAAGAGCACAGACUGGAGGAAAACCCUUUUCUCCCACUCCCAUUUCUCACAGUUAGAAAUUUCUCUUCUGUUCUUCCACUCUUCUCCUCUGGAGUUGACCCACCCUGUUUUUUCACUUUGUCCCAGAGAAAAAAGACAAGAAGAUUUCAAAAUCUCUAGAAUUUCCCAAAGGAACCUCAGGAGCUUUGUACUCUAGUCUAUAUUUAAAGGAAUGUCUGUGACAGUGUCCCCUACCCAGUGGCUUAAAGACCUCCAUUGAGGGGGAUUCCACUGAUGAAGCUCAUUCUGCUUUAAGCCAGUUUGAUUAUGAGGAAUCUUUUUCUAACAUCAGCUUAAAUUUGCUUUUUUACAUCUCAGACCUCUUGUCUCUGGUUUAAUCUAUAGGGCCAAAUGGAGCUAGAUUGUCUCUCCCUUCUUUUUUUUCCAGGAUAUACCUUCCCAUCCCCUUCAACUCAUUGUCACAUGAAUUCAAAUAGACUGCCUUUACCAUUCUGGUUGAGGCAAGAGGUGAUGGCUUUCAUUUCUGACUCUUAAUAAGACCCAGAGGCAUCCCUCAAUUUUAUGUAUCUUUUCUUCUCACUUGUAUCCAACCCCAAAUUCUGAACAUUUAUCCUACUUUUCCCCCUUUCCCCAUUCCUCCCAAUAAACUGAUAUUCCUAAUCACCUCAA